AUGAAGCUGCAUAUAGCAGUUACACAAAUAUCGAUUAUUUUAAUCACACACAUGGUCACAUGUGUGCGUAAUAGGCAGGUACCGUCGCCGGCGGCGCAAUUGAAGCAAGAAAUACAAUCGCCUGCGUCGCCAUCCCGUAAUAAUUCACAAUCCAAUAAAAGUAAAUCGGAAGACGUGGGAUAUACAACUGCCCGCAAAUACCAUGGUUCGGUCGGUAAAAUCGGCGAUGCAACCGUCUCAGGGAAAGAAGACGAAGAACUUUCGCAAGGUCAACCAGAGACACCGGGCAAUCCGGCCGAAAUAAAUACGCCUUUAUCGACUCUAAAAGAUGUGAAACCAGUUGUUGGGAGUGACGCAGAGCAAUGCAACCUCUUUGACAAGUUCCUCAGGCAGCCACAUGAAAAAAUCAAAGGCCUGGAGUACCUUGGCUGCGGUUAUGAUGUCACAAAGUCGAGACCGUUCGGCGACGAAGAAAGCUUUGUGGACACCGGAUACACUCAGCCGGUAGUACAAUUCCAAUGGAGUUGCGCUGAAGGCCCCAAAUCGCCAACAACACCUAUUGGUGUCUGGGUGCGAAAAGAAGCUUCCUGCCACAAGGGGCAUUCUACGCACGAGAUAAAGAAUGCAGAAGCAUUAGCCUCUAUGUUCUCGGAGGAUGUAGUCUCCUCCUUUGGCGCAGCAGCGGUUUCGCUAACAUCCCAAACAGAGAAAAAAAACGUCGAAAAACUUGAGAAGUUCGUUAAAAGGCAUGGUUAUGCUUUAAAAUCGAAAUGUGCUGUCUUUAGCACGGGCAUGUUCCUGUCUGCAGAAUGGAAUCCGACCCGGGCCUUCCAAAAUGCAUCAAAUGUUCUGCUAGAGUAUGAGAACAAGGGGAAAUGCUCUAAAAUAGAUGACUAUCGUACAAAUGGUUCAUGUGCCGGUUACUAUGAACUGUGGAAAUCCUUCUUCAACAACUACGGGACGCAUGUCAUAUUUAGGCUCACUAUGGGCGGGAAGCUCUUGCGCAUAGUUGAGAAUUUGGAGGACAACGAAGCAAAGGAAAAAUCAAAAGAACGGCAGUCAAGUUUCGGAGUUCAACUAUCAAUAAUUAACGCAAAUCUAUCGAUGAGCAAUAAGAAAGAAGACGGUAUGCGGAAGGCUCUUAAUGAUCAGAGCAGCAAGUAUUUUGUUAUGGGAGGGGACAAUCUCACAUCAUUUGACAGCAGCGACUCGUUAAAGAAGUGGAUGGAAAGCGUUGAACGCAACGCCAUGCCCAUCGACAUACAGCUUACACCCAUAUCACAAUUUAUACCCAAGGAAAUAAGAAGCCAUUUCUGGAUGGCCUUUAAAGUAUAUAAUGACGUUCACAAGUGA